CUUUGUUUCUUCGGCUGGUAGGUUAUUAUCGGCAGAAUUUUAUUUGAUAAAUAAAUUUAUUUAUUAAAAAAAUGGCUUUAAUGGGCGAUCACAGCAAAAGGAAGAUUUGCUAUUAUUAUGAUGGUGAUAUAGGGAAUUAUUAUUACGGACAGGGGCACCCUAUGAAGCCCCAGCGAAUUAGGAUGUGCCACAAUCUCCUGCUCAAUUAUGGACUGUACAGAAAAAUGGAGAUAUAUCGUCCCCAUAAGGCUUCACAAGAUGAGAUGACCCGAUUCCACAGUGACGACUACAUAAAGUUCCUGAAGAGCAUACGGCCAGACAACAUGUCCGACUUCAACAAACAGAUGCAGCGAUUCAACGUCGGUGAGGAUUGCCCUGUGUUCGACGGCCUUUACGAGUUCUGUCAGCUGUCUACUGGAGGGUCCAUUGCUGGGGCAGUGAAGUUGAACAAGCAGGCGACAGACAUCGCCAUAAAUUGGUCAGGUGGCCUGCAUCACGCCAAGAAGUCUGAGGCAUCUGGAUUCUGUUAUGUCAAUGAUAUUGUACUGGCCAUACUGGAAUUGCUCAAAUACCAUCAGAGGGUGCUGUACAUCGACAUAGACAUCCACCAUGGUGACGGUGUGGAGGAGGCCUUCUACACCACGGAUCGUGUCAUGACAAUGUCCUUCCACAAGUAUGGUGAAUACUUUCCAGGAACCGGUGAUCUCAGGGACAUUGGAGCUGGCAAGGGCAAAUACUAUGCCGUAAACUUUCCAUUGCGAGAUGGCAUCAAUGAUGAGUCCUAUGAACAAGUUUUCCAACCUGUGAUGUCCAAAGUGAUGGAGAUGUUUCAGCCAUCGGCAGUUGUUCUUCAGUGUGGUGCUGAUUCCCUGUCAGGUGACCGGCUGGGAUGCUUCAAUCUCUCACUGAAGGGACACGGCAAGUGUGUCGAGUUCGUUCGUCGAUUCAACCUUCCAACCCUGAUGGUUGGCGGUGGGGGCUACACCAUCAGGAACGUGGCCAGGUGUUGGACCUAUGAGACUUCCAUCGCCCUUCAGACUGAAAUUGCUAAUGAAUUGCCAUACAAUGAUUACUUCGAGUACUAUGGCCCCGACUUCAAACUGCACAUCAACCCGUCCAACAUGACCAACCAGAACACCACCGAGUACCUGGACAAGAUCAAAAGCAGAUUGUUUGAAAAUCUCAGAAUGCUGCCACAUGCUCCCGGGGUGCAGAUGGCUGAUAUAGUUGAUGAUGCUUUGAAGGAGGAAAGUGAUGAUGAAGAUAAGCAAAAUCCAGAUGAAAGAAUAUCAAUAAGAGCCAGCGACAAGCGGAUUGCGUGCGACGACGAGUUCUCAGAUAGUGAGGACGAAGGUGGAAGAACGACCACCGCAGAUGGACAGAAAAAAAAUAAAGAAAGUAAUAGAACAAAGAGGAUGAAGUUGGAUGAUGAAAAGAAUUCAGCUUCUACUUCCACUACCACCAGCGUCACCACCACCGUUACUACUACUGCUUCUGCUGCUACUGUGGUCGGUGGAGCCGGGGAUGGUACAGGCGUCGCUGUUGAUGCCAAGGACGUGAAAGUUGAUCUUCCAAAGGACACGAUCAACCAGAUAUCGUCAACAUCGUCGUCAUCUACAUCAACAGCAAACACACCACAGCAGUCGGCAACAACAACGGUAGCAACAUCGUCGUUAACGACAACAGCUCCAUCGACUUCCAACUCCACAAUAGAUCCAAUAAAAGCCCCCACAGCAGUUGUCGACUCAUCCUCCAAUUCCCAAAUUACCAUGGUAACUGCCAAUAGCAAAUCUGAUGCCCCAUUGGUAGCCAAACAAGACAAAGCCCCUUCCACAUCAACUCCUCCUCCAUCUCUGACAACCAAUAGUAAUGCCACCAGCCUGACGAAUACUACAAUUACUUGUACUACUUCAUCCGUAUCGUCCGUUGUUGAAAGUAGCGAGCAUACUGCCCAGUGAGGGAGAUUGAGAAGUUGACUGUUUACACAACAUGAUCAUUAAAAUCGUUUGUUAAUAUACAUAGAUAGUGUACAAUGUAAUCUUCUGACCGACAGUUUUUAUAUUCUUUGUACUUAUUAUUAUCGCCCAUUAUUAUUUUUAUUACUAUUGUUGUCCUCAUCCUUUUAUUGCCACUACCCAAUAUUAUAUCAUCAUUAUUGCUGUUUUCAAGUAAGUUUGGAAAAAAAAUAAAGUUUUAAAAUUAAAGUAGGCAAAUGUGUUAUAACAUUGGUAAACUAUAUUUAUUUAUUUGUUUAUUUAUUGUUUUCAGUCAUAAAUAAAAAUCUUUAUGAACAAUUUAUCGACAAUAUUUAUUUUUUAUAUAAUAAACUUUGUUAGUACGUUAGUG